AUGCCGAAAGCCCACAGGCCUUUGCCGCAGCAGAUGGAGAGGCACAAUCAGAUCCCCUCCCCACACUUUUUUUCAUGUCCAAAAAAGGAAAUGAACAACUUCCAGCCAAAGCCACUGCUAAUGAGCACACCAGGGCAAGUGAAGUUUCCCCCCAACUGGCUAAAUUCUCCCCAGCCGGGAGAAAAGAACCCAAUCUACCUCACCAAGAACUUCAACUUGAUGACAAAGAACCCUCAGCCGCCUGGAGAAAACAGGGACCAACCGAGGACAAAGGGGCUCGAGAACAACCUGUACAGCCAGUACGAGGAGAAGGUGCGCCCCUGCAUUGACCUCAUCGACUCCCUGAGGGCCCUGGGCGUGGAGCAGGACCUGGCCCUGCCCGCCAUCGCCGUCAUCGGGGACCAGAGCUCGGGCAAGAGCUCCGUGCUGGAGGCUCUGUCCGGCGUCCCCCUUCCCAGAGGCAGCGGAAUCGUAACCAGAUGUCCGCUGGUGCUAAAGCUGAAAAAGCAGGUCACAGGAGAGUUCCAGUGGACGGGGAAGAUCAGCUACCGGAACACGGAGAUCCUGCUUCAGGACCCCGCCCAGGUGGAGAGGGAGAUAUACAAAGCCCAGAACAUCAUUGCCGGGAAUGGAGUUGGCAUUAGCCACGAGCUCAUCAGCCUGGAUAUCACCUCCCCUGAGGUUCCAGAUCUGACCCUCAUUGAUCUUCCCGGCAUUGCCAGGGUGGCCGUGGGAAAUCAGCCCCAGGACAUUGGACUGCAGAUCAAGAUGCUCAUCAAGAAGUACAUCCAGAGGCAGCAGACCAUCAACUUGGUGGUGGUCCCCUGUAACGUGGACAUCGCCACCACAGAGGCGCUGAGCAUGGCUCACGAGGUGGACCCCGAAGGAGACAGGACCAUAGGGAUCCUGACCAAGCCGGACCUGGUGGACAAGGGUACCGAGAAAAAUGUGGUGAACGUGGUGCAGAACCUCACUUACCGUCUCAAGAAGGGCUACAUGAUAGUGAGGUGCCGGGGCCAGCAGGAGAUCACAAGCCAGCUGAGCCUGGCUGAGGCCACCAAGAAAGAAAUGAUGUUCUUCCAGACCCAUCCAUAUUUCAGAGCCCUCCUGGAGGAAGGAAAGGCCUCCGUGCCCCGCCUGGCGGAAAGACUCACCACCGAGCUCAUCUCGCACAUCAGUAAAUCACUCCCAUUGUUAGAAAAUCAGAUCAGGGAGAGCCACCAGAGCGCCACAGAGGAGCUGCGCCAGUGCGGAGAGAACAUCCCCUGCAACGAAGCCGAUAUGAUGUUCUUCCUGAUCGAGAAAAUUAAAGUGUUUAAUCAGGACAUUGUAAAGUUAGUAGAAGGAGAAGAAGCCGUGAAAGACAAAGAGACCCGCUUAUACAACAAACUCAGGGAGGAGUUUAAAAACUGGGCACUUGUACUUGCAGCCAAAACCCAACAAGUUAGAAGUAUUAUUCAUGAGGAAGUCUCAAAAUACGAAAAGCAGUAUCGCGGCAAAGAGCUCAUCGGGUUUGUCAGCUACAAGACAUUCGAGACCAUAGUGCAGCAAUAUAUCAAACAGCUGGUAGACCCCGCGCUGACCAUGCUCCAGAAGGCCGUUGAAAUUGUCCGGCAAGCUUUCAUUGACACAGCCAAAAAACAUUUUGGUGAUCUCUCCAACCUUCAUCAAACAGCCCGGAACAAGAUUGAAGACAUAAAAACAAAACAAGCAGAAUCUGCAGAAAAUCUGAUCCACCUGCAGUUCAAGAUGGAGCAGCUGGUCUACUGUCAAGACCAGAUUUACAGCGGGAUUCUGCAGAAAGUACGAGAAGAGACGUUAAACCCACCUGAAAACAGUUCACAGACUGCUUCGUUUAAAUUCACGUUUUCAAAGACCCCGUCUUCCGUUUCCUCCAUCACUGAGAUCGGGGUGCACCUGAACGCCUACUUUUCCGAGUUCACCAGUCGUCUCGCCAACCAGAUCCCAUUCAUAAUUCAGUAUUUUAUACUCCAAGAGAACAGCGAUUGCUUGCAGAAAGCCAUGAUGCAGGUACUGCAGGAAAAAGCUCACUAUUCCUGGCUGCUGCAGGAGCAGAGCGAGACGGCCCAGAAGAGGAAUUUCCUUAAGGAGAAGAUCUACCGGCUCACCCUGGCGCGGCAGGCGCUCUGUCAGUUCUCCUCUUAG